AUGUCGUCUUUUAGUCCCACCCAAAUCUUCGAAGAGGGUACAACUGAGGAGAAAGGAGAGAAUGCUCGUCUAGCCGCCUUCGUCGGCGCCAUUGCCGUUGGUGACCUGGUAAAGAGUACCCUGGGUCCAAAGGGAAUGGACAAGAUAUUACAAUCAGCAUCCACGGCCGAAAUCAUGGUCACCAAUGAUGGCGCCACGAUCCUAAAGUCUAUAGCGCUCGACAACGCAGCAGCAAAGGUUCUCGUCAACAUAUCAAAAGUCCAAGACGACGAAGUCGGUGACGGCACGACCUCGGUAGCCGUGUUGGCUGCCGAGCUUCUGCGUGAGGCUGAGAAGCUUGUCGACAAAAAGAUUCACCCCCAGACGAUCAUCGAAGGCUACCGUAUAGCAAGUCAGGCGGCUCUACAGGCAUUGGAGGGCUCUGCGGUAGACCACAGCAAGAACCCCGAGGCCUUCAAGAAGGACCUACUCGCUAUUGCACGAACAACCCUCAGUUCCAAGGUGCUCGCCCAAGAUAGAGAUCUCUUCUCCAAGCUAGCCGUUGAAGCGGUGUUGCGGCUUAAGGGUUCUUCAGACCUCAGCCAUAUCCAGAUCAUCAAAAAGGCCGGAGGCAAACUAAGCGACUCGUACCUAGACGAAGGGUUCAUCCUUGACAAGAAGAUCGGUGUAAAUCAGCCUAAACGGCUAGAGAAUGCGAAGAUACUGGUCGCCAAUACGUCUAUGGACACAGACAAGGUCAAAAUAUUCGGCGCGCGUAUGAAGGUCAGUUCAACCGGCAAGCUAGCCGAGCUUGAGAAGGCAGAAAAGGACAAGAUGAAAGCGAAGGUAGAUAGGAUCAAGGCACACGGUAUCAACUGCUUCAUCAAUAGACAGUUGAUCUACAACUGGCCAGAGCAGCUAUUUACCGACGCCGGUAUUAUGUCCAUCGAGCACGCUGACUUCGACGGCAUCGAACGCUUAGCUCUAGUCACCGGUGGUGAGAUCACAUCGACAUUCGACCAUCCGGAGCAGGUGAAGCUAGGCCACUGUGAUCUAAUCGAGGAGAUCAUUAUCGGAGAAGACACUCUUAUAAAAUUUUCUGGUGUAGCCGCAGGCCAAGCUUGCACCAUCGUCCUUCGGGGUGCUACGGAACAGUUGCUAGAUGAGGCAGAGCGCUCACUGCACGAUGCUUUGGCCGUCCUCUCUCAAACUGUCAGGGAGCCGAGGACCACGCUGGGCGGUGGAUGCGCCGAGAUGCUUAUGGCUAAGGCAGUGGAAGGCGCCGCAACCCGGGUUGAGGGUAAAAAGCAAAUGGCUGUAUCUUCGUUCGCCAUAGCUUUACGGCAGCUCCCCACGAUCCUCGCCGACAACGCAGGACUAGACUCCAGCGAUCUUGUCGCAAGAUUACGAAAAGCCAUAUAUGACGGUAUGUCAACGUAUGGCCUAGAUCUAACGACGCCCGGCGGUGGAAUAGCAGAUAUGCGAGAUCUUGGAGUGAUUGAGAGUUACAAGUUGAAGAAAGCAGUUGUAUCAUCGGCAAGUGAAGCCGCAGAGCUACUUCUAAGAGUAGAUGAUAUAAUCCGAGCGGCGCCACGGAGGAGAGAAAGGCAUUAA